AAUCAAUAUGCGUUCCACGGUGAUAUUUGGUUUUGCUUUGUUGUGCCUACUGGUCGUUGGUUUACCAAGCGGAAGUGGCAUGCCGCAGGACGGUGUGCUCACGCAGGAGACGCACGAUUUUCUCCAAGAUUUUGUUGACUCAGUUGAUGUUGUCGACGGUGACGAAAACGUGCCAUUAACUGACGAACACUAUCGAGCAAAGCGAGCAACGUGUGAUCUGCUAAGUGGAUUUGGAGUGGCCGAUAGUGCUUGUGCUGCGCACUGUAUUUUGCGCCGAAAUCGUGGAGGAUAUUGUAAUAAAAGACGAGUCUGCGUGUGCCGGAAUUGAACGGGACUGGAGUAAAUUUUGUUCGCCACGGAAAGUCUGAUUAACACCAAAUAGAGUAUGACUUUAAGGUUCAUGUUGAAUUUUCUUAAUUCAGAAAUCAAUAUCAUAAAAAGCCAUCUGUAUUAACAUGCAUAUGUUUAAGCUAUUGUUGCCUUCUGCAUAUCCGUUUUAGAUAAGGUACAUUUAAUGUCAAAAACUCAAUUUUUGGUUUUUUUACAAAAUGUUGUCAAAAAAACUGAAAUGUUUAA